CUAAAUAGUGCUCACUACCCACGUGGAAUAGAAAAACCUGUCGAAAACAGCAAUGGCCAGUGGGGGAGGGAGCAGUCUUGUGCCCUGCGUUUGCUGGGUUCCCAAAGGAGCCUCCAAGGAAAACCCGGACAAGGUUGAACUGAGUCAAGAGGAGCUCCAGGAGCUAAUGAUGAAGGAAGCCCAGGAGCAGAUGCGGUGGGAUAGAACUUGCAGAAUUAGGUCCACCAUGUUUUGCUGUAUCUGUUACCAGAGGUCUGGAUGUGAGUCAAAAGAAAGAGGGAGAGGAGGGAGCAGGGGUGGAGCGGUCGGUGGAGGAAGAGUAUAACUUGAGUCAGUAUAGCUCUGACGAGAGUGGGGGAGAAGGUGAGCUCCUCUCACUACUUCACUGAGACAGUGUCUGCUGUGGUCCCAGGGGAGAAAAUGACGGGGGCAGGAAUGGGGAACGGGCUAGCUGGCCUGGCAUACUUUGCCUCCAAUGACAGCGAUCCUUACAUCACCCUCAAGAACCCUCCUCCAGAAGACAAUGAAGAGGACGAUUUCAAGAUUCUAUCAACUGAAAACCUUCUCAUAGUCGGUAGAGCUGAUGAUGAAUUCAGUAGUGUGGAAGUCCACGUUUUCUCUGACGAUGAUUUUCACUGCUACUGUCAUCACGAAAUCCUUCUCACGUCUUUCCCUCUCGCCAUGGAGUGGAUGGACUUUGACCCCGGAGAACCUGAUAAGAAAGGUAGUUACCUUGUGGUGGGGAUGAUGACGCCAGGUAUCGAAGUAUGGGACCUGGACUUGGUCGACGGAUUGGAACCAAUUCUGACCCUGGGUCCGUCGACUCUUGAUCUUGCCAUGAAAUCCUCGAGAAAGAGCAAAAAGAAGAAAAAGGGAGGAGGUGAUAGUGGUGCCAGUGGUGAUUCUGGUGAAGGUCACAGUGACGCCGUCCUGGGUCUUGCCUGGAACAGCAUCGUCCGGACAGCUCUCGCCAGCUGCAGUGCCGACAAGACCGUCAGAAUAUGGGACAUGUGCGGCCCCAAGUGUGUCCUUACUCUCCCUCAUCCUGACAAGGUACAGUGUCUUCAGUGGCAUCCCUACGACCCACAGUUGCUGGCCACCGGAGCUUACGAUGGAAGGGUCCGACUCUUCAACUGUGUGGCUUCACAGAACAAGACGAGGGAGUGGAAGUUGGACGGGGAGGUUGAGAGGUUGCUAUGGAAUCAUCUGAAACCAGACCAUCUGUUGGCCAGUACAGAUGGUCACACAGUACACUGUCUCGACAGAAACGCAGACUCUGCAGUGUUCCAGAUCCAUGCCCACACCGAUGCCAUAUGUGGUAAUGAGAAUUCAUCUGACACAGACUAUCACUACUUCCCUCUGAUGCUAUAUAACUCUGUGUAUAUAUUGUUGCAGAUCUGUCUCUCAGCUGCUAUAUGCCUGGGUUGCUCGUGACGGCCAGUACGGAUGACACUAUCAAGUUCUGGGACAUACAGGUUUUAGUAUUUGCAGUAACUUCUAACUUCUCUUCCUACCCACCCCACGUUCCGAAAAUCCCCCCGUUAAGAAAAUAUGUGGAACCCCUCUCUAAGUGCACCUCUCUUUCUAUAUACAUCCACCUCAGGAUGAUAAACCCGUGUUCCUACUCAGCAGAUCCAUGCACAUGGUGAGUAUGUCUACCAUAUGCUACCGUCCGGUAUUGCAGUGUAACAGUUCAACAGUUUGCAACGUGGUGGGGGAUAAUUGGAAUGAAAUUUGCAGGGGGGAAUGUCAUAGUGUACGAAAUUGGCUGCGAUCAGAUCUAAUGUGAAUGUUUUUCUUUGGAAAAAAGGGGUUGUUGUGGUUGUGCAGGGAGCAGUGCUGUGUGCCAGGUUUUGUGUGGACUCUCCGUAUGUCCUGGCAGUGGGCGGAACCAGGAAUGGGUUUCAGACCCUUGACAUCAGAGGACUGGUACCGGUUGCUCAGAGAUUCAGAGGAAGAGACAUGAUUAUGCCUAUGGUUCCUGAUUAGCACAAAUGGGAAGAGGUGGUGGGUGGUGACUGAGGAUAGAGGUGUGGGUUAAAGUAAAGUGACAUGAAAGGUGAGACAGUGGAGUCUAUUGGGUGUUGUUGGUGGUCCUGGAGAGGAGGAAAUGGAGUUGGAGCGAGCCGAGUUAUGAGGAGAAGAAAGUCAAGGGAAAGGAAGCACAAAGGAAAAGGACGGCAACAAGGAAAAGAGAAUUGCACUAGCACACACGUAAAAAAAAGAAAAAACAAAAAAGAAAAACAAACAAAAAAAAAAAAAAAAAAAACAAAAAAAAAAAGAACAACA